AUGAAAUUAGGACCCGCCGGAGGCCGGUUCCUCAGGAGGAGGAGAGCGUGGCGGGAACGCGCAUGCGUGGUAGGAGCCCUCCACGUGCUGCCGAGCCGAGGCCUCCCCGCGCUCCGAGGCCCCGCCCCCGGCCUCCGCGUCUUUCCGGACGAGCGGAGCUGGCGAGGGAGGAAGGAGGCUGGGCCUGGAGGCUCGGCCCCACCUCGGCAGCCUCCCAUUGGGCGCGAGUGA